GGGAGCGGCUCGCUCGGCAGGGCCGCCCCGGGACCGGGUCCGACCCGAACGCGAAGCCGGGGCUCGCCAGUUUGACGGCUCCCAACGAUGUUUGCGCUCGUGGUUCUGCUCAGCCAGCUGCCCCCGGGGGCCGCCGCAUUUCCUCGGCAUUCGGGAGAGGACGUCUUUACAUCAAAAGAAGAAGCAAACUUUUUCAUACGUAGACACCUCCUGUAUAAUAGAUUUGAUUUGGAACUCUUCACUCCCGGGGACCUGGAGAGAGAGUGCAAAGAAGAACUUUGUAAUUAUGAGGAAGCCAGAGAGAUUUUUGUGGAUGAAGAUAAAACGAUGACAUUUUGGCAGGAAUAUUCGAUUAAAGGACUAAACACAAAAUCAGAUGGUAACAGAGAGAAAAUCGAUGUUAUGGGCCUUCUGACUGGAUUAAUUGCUGCUGGAGUAUUUUUGGUUAUUUUUGGACUACUUGGUUACUAUCUUUGUAUCACUAAGUGUAACAGGCAACGACAUCCAGGUUCUUCAGCCACCUGUAUGAGAAGGGGCAGGCACGCUCCCUCCAUCAUUUUCAGAAGACCUGAGGAAGCUGUCUUGUGUCCAUCACCACCUUCAGUGGAGGACACAGGGUUACCUUCUUAUGAACAGGCAAUGGCACUGACCAGAAAACAUAAUGUUUCACCACCGCCACCAUAUCCUGGGCCAACGAAAGGAUUUAGGGUGUUUAAAAAGUCUAUGUCGCUCCCAUCUCACUGAGCCGCCUUGCUGUCUUGGUGGUAUAGGAGAUUCAUGUUAUUUAAAUGAUUCAUUCUCCCUAAACCAAUAAAGCCAUGUCAGUUCAGCCCGUUAUGACAAACUGCAGGGAGUAAAGGAGGAAUAAGCCCCUGUACCACACCGCAGAAGUCCUGUCGGCAUCUUGAACCUGAACUUGAUCAUUAUCAGCUUGAUAAGAAACUUUGACUCCAUAUCCUUGCAGUUAAGAAAAGAGUACUUUUUUUGUUUAUUUUAAUGGUUCAGAAAAUCUGUGUUAUGAUGUCACAGCUAGAACUGGUGAACUGUCUGUAUCCUUUGUACAGAUAAAUGUUGUAGAUUUCUUGUGUUGAAUAUAAAAAAGUGAGAAUUUCUAAUCAUUAGAUUAUCCCAAGUCAUAAUAUUGGACCCAUUCUUUAUUAGGAUUUCUUUUUGGUUGGAAAUACUUCACAGAAUUUGAUUUUCAAUAUAAAUUGAUGUCCUUAAUAUAAUCACUUGGUUUUACAUUUUAAUUAUUGAGUAACAUUCAUCAUAUUUUGCUGCUUUUGGUUGUUAACUCUUGCCAUUAGUCAUGUUUCAUUAUGGGGAGUGGGGUCAGUAGUUUCCUUUUUUAAAAAAAAAAAAACAACCAUUUGCUAGAGAGUUAGUUCUUCAGACGGUACAGUGUUGCAAUAGCAAGGAUUUUCAAGGGUUGUUAUACGAUCAAAUAAAGAAGCCUCAGAUCUAGGAGUGACUAGGACUUGGUAAAGUUGCCCGUGUUACUGGUAAAAAGACGCACCCAUUUUAAUUGCUAAGUUAUCUAUAUAUAUAACUAUAUAUAAUUAUUUAUCUUGAAAAUUUGUUGAAGUUUAUAAAUAAUAGUUUGAGAACCUAGAAAAAGUAAUUUACUUUUCUGCUAUUAAAAUAAUACUGAUUAAAGUUACCAGCAACCCCUUGUAUCUCUUAAUGUCUAGACACAAAACACCAUAGGUAAUCAUUUUAACCUAUACUUGUCUCUUCUAAUCGUGUGUAUGACCAGUCUCCUUAAGAAUGUAGUAGCGUGUUAGCUAUCAACCUCUGGAGUGUGCAUGUGUGUGCUAGCUUAAGUGGGUGGGUGUGUAUGUACAUGUGAAUUUGUUUUCUCUUUGCAGCUCAAGAAAUAACAUACUCCUGAGAAAAUUCUGUUCUUUAUGUUUUUGCCAGGCAUUGCAUUUUCCUAUUAUUUAAGACCAUUUAUAAAAUUGUAUUUUGCUUUAGAAUUUUUACAGAGGUGCAACUAAAACCUACAUGCAUUUGAUAAUUCCUUCCAAAUUAAAUGUUUAGAAAGUAUAAAUCAUA